AUGAAUUUACAUAUUUCCAGUGCUUUUGUUUCAUCCUUCUUCCUCUUGUACAACUUGAUGCCAUCACAAUAUUGUUCUGCCAUUGAUGCCAUUACUCCAACUCAAGUACUCACACAAGAACAGACUCUUACCUCUGGCCAAAUCUUUGAGUUAGGCUUCUUCAAUCCUGGUAAUUAUGGUAAAAACUAUGCUGGGGUAUGGUAUAAGAAUAUUUCUGUGCCCACGAUUGUGUGGGUGGCAAACAGGGAGAGGCCACUUUCAGCUUUGGACUCCUCUGCAGUGCUAACAAUUGGCAGUGAUGGAAAUCUGAUGCUUGUGGAUAGCAUGCAAAACACUGUCUGGUCUACCAAUGUCUCUGCACUGUCAAAUAAUUCCACAGCGGUGCUUUUAGAUGAUGGGGACUUUGUUCUUAAACACAGUAUCUCAGGAGAGUUCCUAUGGGAGAGUUUUAAUCAUCCUUGCGAUACCCUUCCUACCCAACAUGAAGAUAGGUAUGAACAUCAAAACUGGAGAGAGGCGUUCCUUGGCUUCCUGGCAAACAGAAGAUGA